AUGCAUUCUAAUGCUAAGAUUGGUGGCUUAACUAAUCACAAACGUGUUCAUACAGGAGAGAAACCAUUUCGCUGUGAUAUUUGUGGUAAAUCCUUCGCUCAAAGCAAGGGCUUAACUAAUCACAAACGUAUUCAUACAGGAGAGAAGCCAUUUCGCUGUGAUAUUUGUGGUAAAUCAUUCUCUCACAGAAGUGCCUUAAUUGUACACAAACGUGUUCAUACAGGAGAGAAGCCAUUUCACUGUGAUACGUGUGGCAAAUCAUUCUCUAGCAGCAAUUACCUAACUAGCCACAGACAUAUUCAUACAGGAGAGAAGCCAUUUCACUGUGAUACGUGUGGCAAAUCAUUCUCUAGCAGCAAUUACCUAACUAGCCACAGACAUAUUCAUACAGGAGAGAAGCCAUUUCGCUGUGAUAUUUGUGGUAAAUCAUUCUCUCAAAGUAGUCCCUUAACUGCACACAAACGUGUUCAUACAGGAGAGAAGCCAUUUCACUGUGAUACGUGUGGCAAAUCAUUCUCUAGCAGCAAUUACCUAACUAGCCACAGACAUAUUCAUACAGGAGAGAAGCCAUUUCGCUGUAAUAUCUGUGGUAAAUCAUUCUCUCAAAGUAGUCCCUUAACUGCACACAAACGUGUUCAUACAGGAGAGAAGCCAUUUCACUGUGAUACGUGUGGCAAAUCAUUCUCUAGCAGCAAUUACCUAACUAGCCACAGACAUAUUCAUACAGGAGAGAAGCCAUUUCACUGUGAUACGUGUGGCAAAUCAUUCUCUAGCAGCAAUUACCUAACUAGCCACAGACAUAUUCAUACAGGAGAGAAGCCAUUUCGCUGUGAUAUUUGUGGUAAAUCAUUCUCUCAAAGUAGUCCCUUAACUGCACACAAACGUGUUCAUACAGGAGAGAAGCCAUUUCACUGUGAUACGUGUGGCAAAUCAUUCUCUAGCAGCAAUUACCUAACUAGCCACAGACAUAUUCAUACAGGAGAGAAGCCAUUUCGCUGUGAUAUUUGUGGUAAAUCAUUCUCUCAAAGUAGUCACUUAACUGCACACAAACGUGUUCAUACAGGAGAGAAGCCAUUUCACUGUGAUAUUUGUGGUAAAUCCUUCAUACAAAGCAAUGACUUAACUAAACACAAACGUGUUCAUACAGGAGAGAAGCAAUUUUGCUGUGAUAUUUGUGGUAAAUCCUUCAUACAAAGCAAUGACUUAACUAAACACAAACGUGUUCAUACAGGAGAAAAGCCAUUUCGCUGUGAUAUUUGUGGUAAAUCAUUCUCUCAAAGCAAUAACUUAACUAAACACAAACGUGUUCAUACAGGAGAGAGGCCAUUUCGCUGUGAUAUUUGUGGUAAAUCAUUCUCUCAAAGCAAUGACUUAACUAAACACAAACGUGUUCAUACAGGAGAAAAGCCAUUUCGCUGUGAUAUUUGUGGUAAAUGCUUCAUACAAAGCAGUGACUUAACUAAACACGAACGUGUUCAUACAGGAUAG